UGUCAAUUAACCACCUUGUUUUGACCUUAGAAUUUAAUGUGAUUCCUUGAUGUGCUUGUUUUUUUUUUUUUUUGGUGAUCCACGUUCCAUUUCCUUAUUAGUAGCUUAUUGGUUUCAUUUCUUAUAUACUUAUUAAACAACCAACAAGUUAUAAGAUCUGAGUACAACAUUAUUUGAUUUGGAUUGGCCAUUACUCUCUGUUAUGGAUGUAGGAUUGAAAUAUUUUAUUUUUUGCUCACAUGGGAAAUCAUCAAACCAAGCACCUGCAAGAUCUAACAACCAAAUCAUACUCAUCAAGACAGAAAGAAUUAUAAAUUGGGUGAAGAAGAGGCUUCAAAUAUGCUAUUAUGUAACAAUGGAAUCAAAGAAUUGCCCAAAAAAGUCAAACAAAAUAAGAGAGAUUGUAAAGCUUCAACAAAUAGUGAAGAAAUGGAAGAGAUUAGCAAAUGGUGAAAAGAGCAACAGCAGCAGCAACAACAAGUUGUUAAAGAUUAAUGGGGCUUGGUUUACAGAUGGUGUUCCAAAAGGGUAUUUGGCAGUGUGUGUGGGGAAAGAGAUGAAGAGAUUUGUAAUCCCAACACAUUACUUAACUCACAAAGCAUUCAGAAUAUUGCUGCAAGAAGCUGAAGAAGAAUUUGGUUUUCAUCAACAAGGUGUUCUUCAGAUUCCAUGCCAUGUCUCUGUCUUUGAAGAUAUUCUCAACACUGUUCAACAACAAAACCAUAACCAUUUUGCUUCUGAUGAUAAUGAAAUCAUUAGAUUCUGUUGCUCUCCUGAAUGUGAUCUAACUCAUCAUCAUCCUCCUCCUCAAAUUUGUACAUCACUUAUGUGAAUCAAUCAAUGUAUCAACGUAACCUUUGUUGUUUCAUGUAACGAUCUGAUUUUGUACUUCUUUCUUAUAAUUUAGCUCUUAUUUACUUCACUUAUGGCUUUGCAACCAUUAUGAUACAGAUGUAGGGCUUACGAGCAUAGGCGAUUGCAUAUUUUUAA